AACUGUUAAUCCUGGAUUAUAAAAUCUUGCCGAUUGUAAAGUUUUCAAGGCCAGAAUUCGUGCUCUUGGCUAAUACAAAUUUUUUUUUGCGAAGAAAAACCUUCGCAGCUGCGCACACCUUUCCGCCUUACCUGUUGUUACCUGCCGCACAGGAGAUCAAAGAUGCACAAUUUUCAUAAUAUAAAUUUUGAAUAUAAAAAUGGCAACGUCGAACCGUAUCGCACGCCAGUUCAAGACAGUCCAGAGUCGUGGACAGACCAAGAUCGAGCAGCAGCUUACGCGAAUUUGAAUACACCUAUAAAUCACCUGAAUAUUCAGCCAAAUAAUUUACCAAUUGCGCCAUUUGCACCUGCGCCCUAUUCCUUUGCAUAUCAACAGUUUUUGAGUCAAUUCGCACCGAAUCUGGUGCCCUACUAUUACACAUUGCUGUCUCCAGCGCCCGUUAAUUUCAAUUACCAGCAGAGUGUGGCUCCCGCGAUGGACAUCGAGAAGUAUAUCAACUAUGAGCUCAGCAAGCAGCAGAGUUUGAUGCGCAAACAGACUGUGAGACCGCAUCCACUCGGCGUGCUUCGAUUGCCCACUAUUCAACCAUUGAUAGUUCCCAAGAAGGAGCCGCAGGAGCGACGCGUCAUCAACGUUCAGAUGGUGUCCAUGUCAGCUCCACGCUCACGAGAAACCAAAAACGACGUUGAGCCACUGCCGCCCGUCGAACCGUCGUUCAAGGAGGACGUGGCGAAGAUCAGCAAAAGUCAACAUCAUUAUACGCAGCUCUUUGAUCGCCUGACUAGCGUGCUGCAGACGUUGAAUCGACGCUACGAUGGCAACGAGCCGGAGCCCAGGCCGGAGGUCGAGCACGAUGAAGCUCCGCCGCCGCCCAUGAAACGGGCGCGCCACAUGUCGAGCAGCUCGAGCGAAUCUCAUCAAGACUCAGAGAACGUAACGGCUCUUUCGCAUUAUCCUCAACGCGUGGUGCUGCCCAACGGCAGCACGGAGUAUGUGCUGGGCCCCAAUGGCACGCGCAUCGAUGCCAAGGCCUAUGGCCAGGUAUUCUGGACAAGUGCGCCAGUCGCGACACGAUGCCUGCUGGGUGCCGUCUUCAGCAACGAUGAACUGGCCACGCAUACGCUGACUGGCAAGCCUUCGCCCGCAUUCUACGGACGUGAGCGUCCAGCAAAGAAGAUGCUGGAUCAGAAUCGAGUUGACGACAUCGUUGUCAGUGUGCGCAAUCGCACCGGCUGCAAGGAGCGGCACAUCAGAGCCACCAUUACCACAAAAUGCGCCGAUACGGCUAAAAAAUACAAGCGACGCGCCAAGAAGGCGCUCAAGGACAACGUCAUAGACGAAUGAACGAAAGAGAACAUCGAUAUAUACAUAUAUAUGAUAUGGAUAUGAUCCAGCCAUAGCUUUAAGAAUCUUAAUAAUCAUAAAGACU